ACCAGAUGAAGCACAUCUGGACAGCUGUGCUGAGAGGCUGUGCGGCCCCUUUGCGGGCCGGACGUCAGUUAGGCACGUCCCCCACGUCCUCUCCUGCUAGCCACUUCUUAUUUAUUCAUUUUUCCUCAAGAAGCAACUAGGGCCCUGAGCUUAAAACUUUUUCUCCCCCCUAAUGCGAGACCAGGCCAGAUCCCAUCCAAUACUUAGUUUAAUUUUCAUGGGGCUCUGGGAUCAAAGGAACAGAAACAGCAACAUCAAAAGCCCAGCCGCUAUCUGAUUUUAAACUGGCAAAGUGGGAAAAUAAAGUGUUGAGUAAACAGACCAAGUUGGGUCCAAAUGCUGAAAGGAGCAAUAAUUCUGAGUCUUCAUUCCUGGGAUUUCUCAAUCUUCAUUUGUGCAGCUCAGGACAUGGGGAGUUUCAGUGGUCAUGCCCUCCCUGGAACUUUCUUCCUCAUCAUGGGUCUUUGGUGGAGUACAAAGACUAUUCUGAAGUAUGUCUGCAAAAAGCACAAGCGGACCUGCUACCUUAGUUCCAAAGCUUUAUUCCAUCGAGUAGAAAUUUUGGAGGGAGUUGUAGUAGUUGGUAUGGCUUUAACUGGUAUAGCUGGGGAACAGUUUAUUCCUGGAGGGCCCUACCUAACCUUAUAUAAAGAAGGCCAGUGGAACCAACUCCUGGCCUGGCAUCACUGCACCAUGUAUUUCUUCUUUGGGCUGCUGGGUGUGGCCAACAUCUUAUGUUUCACCGUCAGUUCACUUCCAGUCUCCUUAACCAAGUUAAUGUUGUCAAACGGCUUAUUCGUGGAGGCUUUUAUCUUCUACAACCACACUCAUGGCCGGGAAAUGCUGGACAUCUUUAUGCACCAGCUGCUGUUCUUGGUCAGCUUUUUGACAGGCCUGGUGGCCUUCUUGGAGUUCCUCAUACGGAACAAUGUGCUUCUGGAGCUCCUUCGGUCAAGCCUCAUCCUGCUACAGGGAAGCUGGUUCUGGCAGAUUGGCUUUGUCCUGUAUCCCCCUGGUGGAGGUCCUGCAUGGGAUCUAAUGGAUCAUGACAACAGUAUGUUUCUCACCAUAUGCUUUUGCUGGCAUUAUGCAUUGGCCUAUAUCAUCAUUGGAGUGAAUUAUGCUUUUGUCACCUGGCUGGUGAAAUCUAGACUUAGGAGGCUCUGCCCCUCAGAAGUUGGACUCCUGAAAAAUGUUGAACGAGAACAAGAAUCAGAAGAGGAAAUGUGAUUUUGAUGGGCAUCUAGUCUAUCUAGAUAAACCUAUUCUCUUUUGCAUUGUCUUUGCUCAUGGUUUUGUUUCUUGAACUUUUUUUGGAGAUCAGCAGGCAGAGAAUGACUCUGUAGUUUGUAUUUCUAAUUUUGUUAAAGUAUUUGAGUUUAAAUGUUUUAUUUUAGCUUUGAAAAUACUUUGGGUGAUACAUUCAUUUUGCACAGAAUGCUAUCCAGGGGCUAGAGUGACUUUUCUCACAUGUAUCCUUUGAUGCCCACACUAUGAAAUAUAUUGGUUUUAUGUGCCUUAUAGACAGGCUCAAGGUUCCUGGUCUUGCUACCAUUUCUAACUCAUUGAACAUGGAAUUAUAACUGUUUAUUGCUGCAAUGAGAAAUAAAUAAAUGCAUGU